CAGAGCUCCAACGACGCCCCUUGCUUUCGGCUAACGUGUGCAAGCGAGCGGAGGAGGCUUCAUGAUGCCGACCGUCACUACAGCCGGAGUUAUUUUGAUGGCAGUUUGUAUUUAUCCAAGUUACGCCCUCUACUUCCACAUAGGAGAGACAGAGAAAAAAUGCUUCAUUGAAGAAAUCCCAGACGAGACCAUGGUCAUCGGAAAGUACAAAACUCAGUUGUGGGACAAACAGACCAAUUCUUUUCUCCCGUCGACCCCUGGUCUUGGAAUGCAUGUUGAAAUCAAGGAUCCUGAUGCAAAGGUCAUCCUGUCCCGUCAGUAUGGAUCUGAUGGCCGCUUCACCUUCACAUCCCAUACUCCUGGAGAACACCAGAUUUGUCUGCACUCCAACUCUACCAAGAUGGCUCUGUUUGCUGGAGGGAAACUGAGAGUGCACCUGGAUAUUCAGGUCGGGGAACAUACCAACAACUACCCUGAAAUUGCCGCCAAGGACAAGCUGACUGAGUUGCAGCUGCGUGCCAGGCAGCUCCUGGAUCAGGUGGAGCAGAUUCAAAAGGAGCAGAAUUACCAGCGGUAUCGAGAGGAGCGCUUCCGUAUGACCAGCGAGAGCACCAACCAACGCGUCCUCUGGUGGUCCAUCGCCCAGACGCUCAUCCUCAUUAUCACUGGCAUAUGGCAGAUGAAACACCUCAAGGGCUUCUUUGAAGCCAAGAAACUGGUUUAGCCGGAGCGGCGUCCGGGACCAACAGACACCUUUGGAGACAGACCUGAAUGACUGGAACAGAGAAUUGUCCCCCCACCCCCUCCCUCACCUUACCGUGCAAGAAUUCAGGUGGAGACUUUUUGUCGGCCAUGGAUGAUGAAGGUACUUUUCCAUCUUGGGCCUUACUUGCUACGCGGUACUUUUGACAUCCCAGUCGCCUUGCUCUUUUGUUUGCCUGGCAGCUUUUUGUUUCACCGCAACAAUGACCUGCUGUUGUUUUCUAACUUGUAACCAUCAGCUUCAUCGUCCUAUGUCCCUUAUUUAGACUUUGCAUGAACACUAAAAGAUUGAUCAUGAGUUUUGAUCAUAGUAUUGAACAUUUAAUUGUUGUGUACAUUUACACAUCAGAGACCUGUCACACUCGCACACAUUCUUUUGUGUGUUCUUCAAGUAUUUUAUAGAUAUCCUUAAGAGAUCAUCAAUAUUGAUGCAUAGAAACACAUUUAAUCAUUUUUUUUUCCAGAAUACUUUUGUGCCCUUGUUAAAUUGCUUUAUUAUAGCCAUCCUUCAUUUACUUAGUGUUCAUGUGUGUUUUUAUUUGAUGGGGGCAUUAAAUAGGUUGUAUAAUGUCUGCACAUUGUAGAAAGUUAGUUUGUAGACUUUGUUGUUGUCAAACUUAUUUAUUAUUGUAAUGUGACAAGCUAUUCUGCAUACAAUCAAUCCAGGCUGGACUGUAUUUUAAUAAUAAGUCACGAGUGUAUGGGUUUUUUGAGUUUGAGGUUUUAAUUUGAAUUGAUUUUUCUGUUUAUUGCCCAGUUCUUGAGAUUCUAUCCUGUCAGGCAUUGUCUUCAUGAAGAAAUCUUUAGUUGCCAUAAAAUGUUCCAGCAUUGAAGUCAA